AUGUCCGUCGGCAGAACUCCUGGCGGACCUGGUAUAAUACGUCGCAUCUCGCGUGGCGCACACAACAAACUCCGUCGCCGUGCGUCAACGAACCAUUCGUUACGCAUGCGCGAACAAAGUGCUGGACCAGUCUUGAUGCGAAGACGAAGCGACAGCAAUGGCGCUUCUGAGUUCCAGGAUGUUUCCGACCUGGACCUGGACAGCACCACCGAUGAAGUGCUAGACGAAGUUCCGUUUCCUAAUUACAUUGGUCGUAGCAAUGCUCUGGGCAUCAGCGUUGGCAGACCCAUCAUUUUCUUGCACAACAGCACAAACAAUUUCGAAGGCGGCAUUGCACCGGCUGUCUCGAAAAUCUUGCAGAAUGGCACUCUGGUCACGAAGCAUACCAAGCGCAAAAAGAAAACCAUUAAACUUUGGCUGGAUAUCGGCACGGCCAGGGUUUGCUGGCACACUUCAAAUCCUAGCAAGUCGUUCUCAGUCGACGAUGUGAGAGAAGUCCGCCUUGGCGCAGAUUCUCGAAAUGCUCGUGAUGAUGUAUCGAUAGCAGACGACCAGGAAGGCUUGUGGGUGACCAUCGUAUAUGAUGUACCAGAGAAAUCCAAAGGCCGGAACAUCAAGACUAUGCACAUCACCAUGCCUGAUGACUAUGUCUUCAAGAUUUGGACCGAAGCUCUUAGCAAGGUCACCAGGCAGCGUUGGGAGAUGAUGAAUGCACUCGCAUCCUCGCCCGAGAAGAACGAGAAAAGCAUGGCGAUGGCCUGGCGGGAGGUCAUGUCCAACAAAGAUCCGACUGCUAAAGAGCGCUUCACCCUUGACGACGCCCGCUGGCUUUGCCGAAAACUCGAAAUCAAUUGUACCGACUCCGCAGUCAAGACGCACUUCAAGGCAGUCACCAAAGAUGAUUCGCUCGACUUCGAAGAAUACAAGCAGUUCGUCCAGACCUUUCGAGAACGAAAGGACAUCCAGAAUAUCUACAGGAACCAAUCCUUCGGCACGGACAUUGACAUGAGCUUGGAAUCUUUCCUCGAAUUCCUGAAGAACGUACAGAAAAUCGAUGUCGACAAAGAACGUGGGCAUUGGGAAGGCGUCUUCAACAAGUACUCGGUGCCCGUGCAAAACCGUCCUACCCUGCCAGACGCUGAGAAGGUCGUUGGCCAACGGGUUCUGAAUAUGCAAAGCUUCCAGAACUUCAUGACUUCAUCUCACUGUGGGCCGACCAGCUCAAGCAAAGCCGAAGUCACGCUGGAUCGACCUCUGAGCGAAUACUUCAUAUCGAGCUCGCACAACACGUAUCUGCUCGGGCGACAAUUUGCUGGCGCGUCAAGUGUGGAAGGUUACAUCGCGACCUUGGUCAAGGGCUGUCGCUGCGUCGAAAUUGACUGCUGGGAUGGCGACAACGGACGACCAAUGGUCACUCAUGGACGCUCGAUGACAAGCAGGAUCCCGUUCGAAGACUGCGUCUCUGUCGUUGCAAAGUAUGCUUUCAACAGCUCGCCUUACCCAUUGAUCGUCUCCCUGGAAGUGCACUGCAAUCCAGAACAACAGCAAGAGAUGGUCAGGUUGAUGAAGAAAUACUUUGGCGCGGCAAUGGUGACCGAACCAAUUAUUCCCAACUGCAACAGUCUGCCAUCGCCUGAGGAGCUACGCGAAAGGAUCUUGAUCAAAGUCAAGGCUUCCGAAGAGGUCGACCAAAGUCAGGUGGUCGAUGGUGCAACAGGUCGAAGCAGAGCACGAAGCAUCACCUCAACCUUUGCUCGCACACCCUCCAUUGAGACUUCAAGCGCCAUGUCCUCUCCUCUUGUGUCGAGCUCGGCAACAAGUCCUUCUGAGAUGAGCACGACGUUCACACCAAAGGGCUUGGCCGUCUCAGUCCCAAUGUUGACACCUAACAGUUCCACGGAUGACAGCGAUGAGAUUCCGCAAUCUGCAGAAAGGCUCAGGAAGCGACCGAAGACCAGCCGUAUCAUUCACGAGCUCGGCAAACUUGGUGUGUACACGCAAGGCAUCAAGUUCAACGGCUUCCAAGCUCCAAAUGCCAAGACGUACAACCAUAUCCUGUCAUUUAGCGAAGGAGUCUUCGACCGAUUGAGCAAGAACCACGAAACCAAAGUGGAGCUGGAACAACACAACAUGCGUCACCUCAUGCGAGAGUACCCAUCCGGAAAGCGGCUUGACUCCUCCAAUUUCAACCCCUUGCAGUCUUGGAGGCGUGGAGUGCAGAUGGCGGCUCUCAAUUGGCAGACCUACGACGUCAAUCAGCAGAUCAACGAAGCAAUGUUUGCUGCCGGCUUCGAUCGGUUAGGCUACGUGCUCAAACCAGAGGAAUUGCGCCACGCAAAGCACUUGCCCAUCGUUGAAGCUAUCGACCACGGAGCGGAGAAGAAGGACAAAAAAGGAAACAAAAUCGUCAAAUUCGAGGUCGAGGUCAUUUCCGCCCAGCGCCUGCCACGUCCACGCAAUCAACCUCCGGAAGCCGGCAUGAAUCCAUACAUCGAGUUCGAAAUGUACUCUGCAGAAGAUAAAGCUCGCGGAAUCGCUACGGCUCAGGGCGGCACUGACGCGUCAGCUAAGGAUGGGUCCUCCGGAAUCGGUUCGCCGCUUCGCAAGCGAACGCGCACUGUCGAGGGCAACGGCUUCGAUCCCACCUACUAUGAAGGCAUCAAGAUGGCAGUCGAGACGAAGUACCCAAGUUUGAUAUUCGUACGAUGGACCGUCUGGAAUGCACCCGAAGGGAAGAAGUCCUCGGGAAAUGGUGCAUUGCUGGCGACAUACACUGCUAAGCUCAGCAGCCUGCAGCAAGGCUACCGGCAUCUUCCGCUUUUCAACCCACAAGGCGAGCAGUACCGCGACGCGAAGCUGUUUGUCAAGAUCAAGAAGGAAGCGCCGGUUCCAUUGCAGCAGAUCGACGAUACUGUAUACUACAAUCCGACCGAUCCUUCGGCUUCGCCACGGCCCGAAUCUUUUAGAACGGCGGGCAGAUCGUGGCCAUAUCGCGUAUUCAGUCGGAAUUCUAGCCAACGACGCAAGGACAGUCAGACUGAUACCGCUGGACUUAUCAGUCGCACCUCAAGCAUGGACCGAGAGUCCUUGCAAUGAUGAUGACACAUUUGACAAUUGCGAGCUUUUGCAUCUACGAUACCCGUCCAUUCUCCGGCUGGCGUUUUCCGGAUCACGCGCAUUUUGCACGCAGCUGGCACGCUGUACGCUACGCAUUGGGAUGGCAUUCUAAUAUACAGUCUUAUACCCCAUCAUGCAUGUUCUCGUCUUUCCUCUGGCGCGGAGUUUUCAACAUCAACAAUUGCACAUGACGGCCGACUACACAACUCGCAUCGACCGAAGCUUGCUGGAACAACAACAGCAACCACAACAACAACUACUACAUUUGUCCGGCGAAGACUCAGGCCGCCAAUUAACGAGACGCUUUUGCUUUUCACUUUUCCUAUGUAUUUUCUUGUACACUACUACAAUUGGCAUAGCAGUUUUGGGUCGGAAUGAAUGGCCUUUGUGUGUUCGAUUCUGCACAUCUCUCUGCUGGCUUUGAGGAUGUUUUGUAUUGGUACCCAAUCCUCUGCGAGCCCCAAUGGAUUUUGUGGUGCGACGCAUCAGCAGAAAGGAAGAAAUGGAAGAAAUGGAAAUAGAGUAGAGAAAGCUCAGACGCCCGCUUUUUGGUCUAUUGCAGAUUAAGAUUUAACGAAAUCCCCAAUAACAUUAUAACACUUGUUGUGAUG